AACAGUUGAGCCUGAUGAUUGGGGUGAUUAUUAAGUGAAACCAGUUUAUUUGACAUUACAUUAGAGCUGGUUUUGGCGCGUCUAUGAGGACGAUCGGUCUCACCUGGAGCUGAGGAACACAGAGGAUGGGAAGAUAAUAAUCCAGCAUCACCGCCUGGACAUAAUGAUUACAGAAUGAGUUCAUCACCGACAUCAGGCCUCGUUUAUCGCUCUUUAAUAAAAUUAUUUUCCUAUAAUGGAAUCGGCUCAGCUGGGUUGUUGCAGAGACCCUCCACACACUCCUGCUCACUCACAGCUGUGUGAGGACGUGCAGACAGGAAGUCGGAAAUCAGGCUCUGAGAGUGAUGUCAGACUGGUGGACCAUCAGAAACGUAUAAUAAAGGAAGAACCUGAUGAUGAAGGCUACCUCUGUGUAUGGACAUCAACGUCUACGGGAGACGUCACUCCUGUGGAGGAACAGAAGCUUGUGAUGAAAGAAGAAUCUGAGGAUGAAGGCUAUCGCUGUGAAGGAGCAUCAAGCUUUUUGGGCCGCAGCACCCCUGAUGAUGGAGGUGAGCGUAUAAAAGAGGAAGAUCCUGAUGAAGAAGGUGACAUCAGUACAGCCACAGUCUGGGAAAUGAAUGAUGGCCAGGUCCAAGUCUUUUCAUGCUCCUGGUGCUCUCUUUCCUGCACAUCUCAAAUUUACCUCCACAAACACGUCAGACAAUGGCAUUACGAGGAACAUGAGAGACUCAUAAAACCAGGAGAAGUUAUCCAUGAGAACCAGUCCAUGAGAAGCUCAAGUCCUGACCACAUGAUCUCUGGUAGUCUAAACAGUAUUCCUUCUUUAGACCAAACUCAGAAAGCAGUCUAUCCCUGCUCCGUGUGCGGGAAGAGUUUCUCCCAGCAGAGUAACCUCCAGCGGCAUCAGCGCAUUCACACAGGAGAGAAACCACAUAACUGCUCAGAGUGCGGGAAGACCUUUGCCCACAAGUGUAACCUGCAACGACACCAGCGCAUCCACACAGGAGAGAAGAAAUACCAGUGCUCCGAGUGUGGGAAGAGUUUUGCCCAACAGAGCUAUCUCCAACAGCACCAGAUCAUUCACACAGGAGAGAAACCCUAUCACUGCUCGGAGUGCGGGAAGAGUUUUAUUCGACAGAGCGAUCUCCAGCAACACCAAGUCAUUCACACGGGAGAAAAGCCACAUCACUGCUCGGAGUGCGGGAAGAGUUUUAUUCGACAGAGUCAUCUCAUCCGACACCAGCGGAUUCACACGGGGGAGAAGCCGUACCAGUGCUCGGAGUGCGGGAAGAGCUUUGCACAGCAGAGUUAUCUCCAACAGCACCAGCGAGUUCACACGGGAGAGAAACCGUACCGCUGCGCGCAGUGUGGCAAGAGCUUUAUCCGUCACGGUAACCUCCAAGACCAUCAGCUCAUCCACAUACAAGUCAAGCCGUAUUGCUGCUCGGAGUGCGGCAAGAGUUUUAUUCGCCAGAGUGAACUCCAAACACAUCAGCGCAUUCACACCGGAGAGAAGCCGUACCGCUGCUCCGAGUGCGGGAAGCGUUUUAGAGGCAAGAGGCAUCUCAAAGCACAUCAAGCCAUUCACACGGGGGACAAGCCUUGUUAUUGCUCAGGGUGUAGCAAGAGUUUUCAUCGACAGAGUGAUCUCCAAAACCAUCUCUGUCUUCACACAGAAGAGAAGUCGUACCACUGCUUUACACUGUGGGAAGAGUUUUAUUCGACUGAGUGUUCAUGAGUGUUCUGGGGAACUCCCACAAGAAUCCCGCAUCACUGCUCACAUUUACAACACAGUUAUUCCUUUAGACUAUUUAUGUCUUUUUGAUACUUCUGUUCUUUAGAUGUAUUUAAGCUAUUUACAGUAAGUGUGCUGACAUGUAACCAUCGGCUUCUGCUGCAUGAAAUCCACAUCAUAGCGUGAUUUGUUCGGAGCAUGUACGUUCAAUCUCUGUAUAUUUGUAUGUGUAUCUAUUUUAUAAUAUUCAUGUGAACAUAUGUAUAUUAUACUGUAUAUACAGUACCGGUCAAAAGUUUGGACACACCUAAUUUAAUGUUUUUGUUCAGUGAUUUAUUUUCUACAUUCUAGAACAAUACAGAAGAUUUAAAAACAAUGAAACAACACAUGACUUUAUUUAAUUAAGUAACAAUAAUAACGGUUGUUAUUAUAAGACAUGAAGGUCGGCUGUUCUGGAUCAGUUCUUACAAGAACAGUAUCGUGUCGAGUGCGUUUGUAAAACCCAUCAAGCUCCAUGAUAAAACUGUCUCUCAUGAAGACCUUCCCAGGAGAAUGAGACCAAAACUGAGCUCUGCUGCAGAGGAGAAGUUCAUUUAGAGUCACCAGCCUCAGAAAUCACCAAUUAACCACCAGCACCUCAGAUUAGAGCCGUUAUGAAGCUUUACAGAGCAGAAGUAGCAGAUAUACAUCUCAAUAUCAACUGUUCAGAGGAGAUUAUUGUGUAUUUCUAAUGCCUCAUGACCAUGUAGUUAGAAAGGGUGUCCAAAAUUAUCACACCCUUUUAAGUUUUCUACAUUCCUUGUCCUUCAUCUUUCUACACACAAUCCUCCAAAUAACAAAUAACAAAGUAAAAACAGGUGUAAUUUAUACAUUUUUAAAUAUAAAAUAUAAUAUAAAUAUUUUUGUUAGCAGAAUUGAUCAAGCUCGACCAGGUAGAAGGGGCGGGGCCAGUGCAGAGUUUCAGGUCUCUCCAGAGAUGCUCUACUGGGUUCAGGUCCAGACUUGGGCCAGGCCAUUCCACGACUUUCACAUAGGUUUAUUGAAGCCACUUUUGUGUUUUCUUGACGUUAUAAUUUUGGGUAAUGCUCUUGAUGAAGUGUAAACCUUCCUUAUAGCCUGAGAUCCUGAGCAGUCUAAAGAAAGUUUACACUCAGGCUAAUCUUUAUUUUAUCUGCAUGAAUUUUCCCUCUAUUCCUUCUAUUCUGACUAAUCUCUCAGUUGCAGUCUCAGAAACACACCCACACAGCAUGAUGCUGCACCACCGUGCCUGACUGUAGGGAACGGUUUAAAAGGUGAUGAGCAGUGCCUGAUUUCCUGGUUCCAUAUACUGUAGUUCAUCUUUGUGUCAUCAGACAAAAAGAUUUUGUUUCUCAUGGUCUGAGAGUCUUCAGGUGUUUUUUGGCUGUGAUCUGCCUUUCCCAUUCUUGGUUGUCUCUCUGACUAAGGCUCCUUAUCCCUUUUUACUCAGUUUGUCUGGGAGAACACAUCUGUGUAGACUGUGGGUUUCUUCCAAAUCUCUUCUAUUUGAGAAUGAUGGAUGGAUAUCAUGUUCCUGGGUGCUUUCAAUGCUUCAGAUAGUUUCUUGUAUCCUUCUACAGAAAAUGUGGAAAACUUAAACGGGUCUGAAAACUUUUUGUCAGUACUGUAUAUACACUCACCUAAAGGAUUAUUAGGAACACCAUACUAAUAUGGUGUUUGACCUUCUUUCGCCUUCAGAACUGCUUUAAUUCUACAUGGCAUGAAUUCAACAAGGUGCUGAAAGCAUUCUUUAGAAAUGUUGGCCCAUAUUGAUAGGAUAGCAUCUUGCAGUUGAUUUGUGGGAUGCACAUCCAGGGCACGAAGCUCCCAUUUCACCACAUCCCAAAGAUGCAUGGUGGUCAUAAAGGGAUGGACAUGGUCAGAAACAAUGCUCAGGUAGCCCGUGGCAUUUAAACGAUGCCCAAUUGGCACUAAGGGGCCUAAAGUGUGCCAAGAAAACAUCCCCCACACCAUUACACCACCACCACCAGCCUGCACAGUGGUAACAAGGCAUGAUAGAUCCAUGUUCUCAUUCUGUUUACGCCAAAUUCUGACUCUACCAUUUGAAUGUCUCAACAGAAAUCGAGACUCAUCAGACCAGGCAACAUUUUUCCAGUCUUCAACUGUCCAAUUUUGGUGAGCCCGUGCAAAUUGUAGCCUCUUUUUCCUAUUUGUAGUGGAGAUGAGUGGUACCCGGUGGGGUCUUAUGCUGUUGUAGCCCAUCCGCCUCAAGGUUGUGCAUGUUGUGGCUUCACAAAUGCUUUGCUGCAGACCUCGGUUGUAACAAGUGGUUAUUUCAGUCAAAGUUGCUCUUCUAACAGCUUGAAUCAGUCGGCCCAUUCUCCUCUGACCUCUAGCAUCAACAAGGCAUUUUCACCCACAGGACUGCCGCAGACUGAAUGUUUUUCCCUUUUCACACCAUUCUUUGUAAACCCUAGAGAUGGUUGUGUGUGAAAAUCCCAGUAACUGAGCAGAUUGUGAAAUACUCAGACCGGCCCAUCUGGCACCAACAACCAUGCCACGCUCAACAUUGCUUAAAUCACCUUUCUUUCCCAUUCUGACAUUCAGUUUGGAGUUCAGGAGAUUGUCUUGACCAGGACCACACCCCUAAAUGCAUUGAAGCAACUGCCAUGUGAUUGGUUGAUUAGAUAAUUGCAUUAAUGAGAAAUGGAACAGGUGUUCCUAAUAAUCCUUUAGGUGAGUGUAUGUAUUUAUAUUUAUAUUAUUAAUGACUGUUGUGUUAUAACAAGCCGAGUGCUGUAGAUUCAUCCAGUUAAUCACUUACAGUCAUGGCAUGUGACUUCAUUGACUGACAUCCACUACUGUACAUAACCUCCCAUAGCAUAAUGCUGUGGCCUGAAAUAAAGUUCACCCUAUUUCAGGUUCAAGUUCAUAUGUAUGAACUGGUAAAAAACAUAGAAACACUUGAACUUUCAGGUAUAUGAGGUAGUCUGAUCGGUUUCUUCCCUGUUUUUGGAACGACUGCAAAUCAGCAUGGCCUUUUCUCUAGUUUUUAGAUAAGAUUAUCAGUGUUAGCUUCUAAUAUACAGACACACUGCUGGUUGUAUUAUUGUACAGUUACAUUCACACAACAAUUAGUUUAAACCAAGUAAUCUGAGUGGUGGAUUUGCUGAUAUUCAGCACAACAGCACUCCCUCUUGUGUGAUAUUGCUUAAUUAUAACAUGGCCCCUUCUGAACAGGAAAAGAACACAAAUAUAAAUCUCUAAUGCAGCAAUGUGUGGUGGUGCUAUUAUUAUUAUUAUUAUUAUUAUUAGUAGUAGUAGUAGUCGUGGUGAUG